CUUUCGUCAAGGCCCAAUGGCGUUUCUAGGAUCCAAUGCGGUGGCGCGAAUCCGCUCAUGUGCGCGCGCAACCUCCACCUCUCCCGAUCAAUUCCUUUCCCCUCCCUCAUUCUCGCGCGAACCGGACGGCUGCUCCUGCAAUUGGGGAGCGUUCCAGCCAAGAUCUCACCUCGCCGCGCUCCCCCGAUGGCGACCAGCGACGACCUCUCCCAGAUCGACAUCUCCAAGGAGGAGAAGGACAAGCUGGUGGCGGAGGUGAUGCGCUACGUGCUUUUCAAGACGCAUCAGACCUCCGGCUGCCCCAUCAAGCGGGAGGAGCUCACAGGGAUCGUCACCAAGAACUACCGCCAGCGCGCGCUCCCGGCGCUCGUCAUCAACGAGGCCAGGGACAGGCUCGCGGCCACCUUCGGGUACGAGAUGAGGGAGCUCCAGAGGACCCGCGCCCCGUCCACACGCUCCGGCCGGCCGUCACAGCCGCAGCUUAAUGUGGACGCGAAAAGCUAUGUUCUGGUCAGCAAGUUAGACCCUGAGGUGUACAGCAAGUACGUCGAGGAUAAGGAGGCUGCCCAUCUGUCUGGCUUUGCUUUCGUUGUCAUUAGCAUCGUUCAUCUUGCUGGUGGCAAAAUCUCCGGGGAGGACCUCUGGCAUCAGUUGAAGAGGCUGGGUUUAAACGAGAAUGAUGAGAACUACCUUGUUCUUGGUAACAAUAAGCAGGCGCUCGAACUCCUCGUCCAGCAAAGGUACUUGCUGAAGGAGAAACUUACUGGACCAGAAGGCCAUGACAUGAUGUAUGCGCUUGCAGAGAGGGCAUUGGAUGAAUCCAUCAGUGGGAAACUUAAAGAUUACAUUUCACAGGUUGUGAGCACAAGCACCGUGGCAGAAGUAGAUUGAAGUGGAUCUGAGGAUAUGACGAUGGCCUUGUAGGGUAUCUGCCUUGCUUGGUAUGUGUGAGGAUAAGCCGACUCCAAUCAGGCUGGGAAGCUAUAAUCUUGCAUGGAUAUUAGUCUUCUACUUACAUGCGAAGCAGGGCGUAUGUUGUACAGGAGAGGAGAUGUUUCGCUUCUCAAAUAGGUGCUAGCGUCUUCAACUGAACUAUGUCAAUGACAUGCUGUAAUCAUCUUAGCAUGCUUGAGAUUACCUUUUGCAAUAACUUGAUGUCACAGAACAGGUAGCAUAUGUUUCUGUCGUUAAACGAAGCUGCAAAACGAAUUGUCACUCUUGUACACUGGAGUUUAUUCACCUGACACAAGGAAGCCAUGUGUUGUGUCGCUGGAAUGGAUGCUGUGAGGUUUCUUUGAUCCUAGCUAAGCUAA